UGUCCUCAUGGCAGCCCUGCUUUGCACAGGAGGACACUGCAGCUGGGGAGGGGAGUCCGAGCUGGGGUCUCCAGGGUGGACCCCAGCCAGGUCAGCCCCCCAGGAUAUUAACGCCAUCCAGCUCUUGCCUGUCUCACAGGAGGGCCCAGACUGUGCCAUGCCCUCACCUUGUGGCGCCCAGAGCCCACUGCCGUCCCCCAGGGAGGGUGCUACUCACCUGGCCUCUCUCUCUGCAGGCCAGAAGCACUUGUGUGUCACCAGCCUCCUGAUCUGCCAGGGUCUGCUCUGGGUGGGCACUGACCAGGGUGUCAUCGUCCUGCUGCCUGUGCCUCGGCUGGAGGGCAUCCCCAAGAUCACAGGGAAGGGCAUGGUCUCGCUCAACGGUCACUGCGGGCCUGUGGCCUUCCUGGCGGUGGCGACCAGCAUCCUGGCCCCGGACAUCCUGCGGAGCGACCAGGAGGAGGCUGAGGGGCCGCGGGCCGAGGAGGACAAGCCGGACGGGCAGGCUCCCGAGCCGGUGCCCGCGCCCGACAGCCACGUGGGCCGGGAGCUGACCCGGAAGAAGGGCAUCCUGCUGCAGUACCGCCUGCGCUCCACGGCGCACCUGCCCGGCCCGCUGCUCUCCAUGCGCGAGCCCGCGCCCGCCGACGGCUCGGCGCUGGAGCACAGCGAGGAGGACGGCUCCAUCUACGAGAUGGCCGACGACCCCGACGUCUGGGUGCGCAGCCGGCCCUGCGCCCGCGACGCCCACCGCAAGGAGAUCUGCUCCGUGGCCAUCAUCUCCGGCGGGCAAGGCUACCGCAACUUCGGCGGCCUGGGCGGCAGCGGGAGGCCGGCGCCGUGCGGGGAGACGGACAGCACCCUCCUCAUCUGGCAGGCGCCCCUGACGCUAUAGCCCCGCCCCGCCGGGGCGCAGGCGCAGCUGCAGGCCUGGCCGCGGCGGGUCGCGCUGUCCCCGAGGUCCCCAGCCGGUGCGGGAAGACUCGCGCUCCAGGGGCCCGCCCGGGCCGCGCGCACAGGCCUGGAUUCUCCAAGACGACUUUGGCAGGGUGAAGGAAAACCUCCUAUUUUUACAGAUAUUUUUUUUUUCCCAGAGUGUUUUGGGGAGGGGUUUUAGGGUUAGGGGAGAGGAAGGACACAUCCGGAGGGAAAUGGCCUUCUUUUUAAAAGCGAAAAACACAAAACCUCACGACUGCCUGGCAAGCCCAGCACCGCCUGUCCCGGCCGCUCGGGGCUCCCAGGCAGGCGCGCGCCCGCCUGCAGGUGCGUGCGCGUG